UUUCAGAGAUAAACCUUCAGUAGAGGAGUUGAUUUUUAGAUGGACUGCACGCGGUGCAUAGAAUUAUGUUCAGUAGUUCAAGUGGGAGUUAACAAAAGAUAGUGCAACUGUCAAUCAGCCUAGGCCUAACGUUUGAAGUACUUCUGGUAAGUUAUUCGAUAAGAUUACGAUCACCAUGAGUGAGCGUAUGCUAUAUCUUCCUGGUGUGACAAUCUGUCCACAUGCUGAGGAAGGUGUACGAGGGACUCUCCAUUGACCAUGGCCGACUCUUUCACGACAGAAUGACACCUGUUAACAAUACGACACAGUUUCAUUCUGAUUCUGGACAGAAAUUAUUUUCAAAUUCAUCCACUGAAUGGCCAAUUGAUUCCUCUACCAAUAUGACAUCGUCUAUGAACAUUUCAAUGGGGUCCGAUCCCUACACGGAUUUCCUGGAGGACAUUUCCCAAUACCUUUGGGUUGUGCUUUCACCAGUGCUGUUCGUAGUCGGUGUGAUCGGUAAUACGUUAACAAUCGUCGUUCUGAAGCAGAUGAAGCUUCACAAGAGGCCGCCAUUGUUUCUUCUGUUUGUUCUAUCUUUGAGUGAUAUCUUGGUUCUUAGUGUUGGACUUAGCAGGUACUGGAUCAAAGAGACCUUUUCAGUAGACAUUCGUGCGCUGACAAAUUUUGGUUGCAAAUUUAAUUUGUUUUUUAUUUAUUGGUCCAUGCAACUAUCUUCAUGGAUUCUAGUCUGCAUUGUCUUGGAGCGUUGCAUAAAAACUAAUUUCCCAUACCGAUAUCCACGGAUAGUCACCGUGAAGAGAUGUUCAGUUUUAGUUGUUUUUCUGAUGAUAAUUCUGGCAGGGGUUGAUUUGCACUAUUUCUGGACAAACGGCUUAACUAUGGAUGGUUCAGAGAUAGAGUGCAAUUCACUGACAGACAAAUACUUUAACUUUGAAGAGUUUGUCUUUACAUACAUUGACUUCUCCGUCCUCUCGGUGGUGCCCUUUCUACUCAUGAUCGUGAUGAACAUAACCAUAAUCCGCGUUUUCCGACAGUCUAGACAUUUCCGAAAAAGUACUGUCAAGAAUAGACAGACAAACAAGAAACUGAAUCGAUUCGACGUGAAAUUAACCAGAAUGUUGCUGUGCACUAGUGUAUAUUUCCUCGUUGCUACACUGCCCAUAAGUAUCUAUUUUAUUGUGGAUUCUUAUCAGAAAAACCUCACCGAUCUCGGAAGUGCGAAAAUGGACGUUGUAUGGUCCACUUCCUAUAUUUUCCAGUUCACAAAUUACACCAUCAAUUUCUUUUUGUAUAAUUUAACCAAUGAAAGAUUUCGGAAAAAAUUCUUGCUCGUUAUCAGAUGCAGGACAGCGGAAAAGAAAAGGAAAUCCUCGAAGAACGACUUUGUAUACAGUGUUCAAACAACAGAAAUAUCCGUCGUGUCGGAGACUAGCAAGGAAAUGGAUGACAUGUCUUCAGGGGAAUGAAAUGGAAACUUGGACUCAUCUUUUCCAGGACAAAUGUGUUUGAUGUCGUGUUUUGGACAUUGAUUGAACGCAUUGUUUCGUAGGAUACCACUAAAGUUCUGUUAUGUCUUCAGAAGAAUGAGAUGCGACAAAUCCUAACUUUAGAACAGUUGGAUUUUUUUGCUGGUGAUAUACUACAAUUACUACAUUGUUGUAAGAUUGGUAAAUCUAGUCACUUUCUGCAUGGCGGACAUGUCUCAUUGAUGAUCUCUGUUAGAAUGUUAUUUAAGAGUCGUGUUGUCUUUUAAAUUUGUAGUAUU